GGUGUUCGUUGGGCGGGCCCCAUAGGGCCAGCCUAUCCAAGGAUCGCGUCAUCGCUAGUGCAGUUUCCUCAUCAUCGACUGGCCGUCGCUCGCACCAGAAUGGAUUGCGCCCAUCUGCCCGCCCGCCGGCCAAGACCCUGACACUGACGGCCUCUCCAGGAACCGCGCCCAGAUCUGAUUUUUGUUAUUCUGUUCUCUUCGCUGCUGCCAGCUUCAUGACGCCUGGCCUGUCGCCCGCUGCACCAUGUGGUUUGCCCGCCUCUUGCUCUCGACCCUUCUCGCCUGGUCGCUGAGCGUCUCGGCCACGAUCCUGGAGAAUGGGCAGCCCCGAGCCGAUCCAUACCCCGGCCAGGUCAACGCCAUCAGCCUCGACAGCUCCUGGAGAACCUACGAUGCUGAUGCGCCCGAGAUUGCCUACAAGGGCCGCUGGGACAGUAAACACAUCUCAUUGUGGUUAGCGCCCGGGAUAAAGCUACGGUUUUCAGGCCCCAAGCUUGCUAUCAGCUUCGGCGAAAACACAAACGAGGGCACCAUGAUCGCUUAUCGGAUCGGAACCCUCGACUGGCUCUUUUCGAACGUUACCGCCGAUUCUACAUACCAGUUUGUUGGAGAGGGGACCCAGUACGAAGAACUCCCCGGGGAUGGGGAGCACAUUUUUGAGAUGAGAGUUACCAACUGGGGCAUAGGAGUUCAGAUGGCCGGGGCCUCCGUCGAUGUCGAUCACUAUCUUUCGAAACCGCCGACGUUUAAGAGAAAGGUGGAGAUUAUCGGGGGGAGUUUGACGGGCGGACAGUACGCUACCUACGAGACCCUUUCUUCCUGGGCCUUCCUCUACGCACAGGGUCUCGGAAAUGUCGAGUUCGGGAUUACGGCCUACCCCGGAGCAUGUCUAGCCGACUUGCAGUGUUAUGGCGGAGGUACCCACGGAACGAUCUGGUACUGGCACAAGGCCUCCGACCCCGGCUCCCGCGCUGCCGGUAUGUACGGCCACGAGCCUGAAGAGUGGGACGUCACGGCCGAACAACCGGCCGACCUGGUCAUCAUCCAAAUGGGAGGCAACGACCACCGUCAUCCGAACGAGAUCCCCGGAGAGAACUUCUACGACGGGUAUAUCGAGGUCAUCGAGGACGUCCACAAACACUGGCCGGACGCUUCAAUUGUCAUCAUGACUCAAUGGGGCAUCUGGGAGCAAGAGGGCGCCGAAUACACUCAAACAACAGUCUACGAAGAAGAAAUCACGCGCGUCUACGAACACUUCAAAGACCGCCGGUGGAACUUUGUCUACCUCUUCCACGCCAACGGAAUCCUCAGCCACAACGACAUCAACCCCAAGAACCACCCGACAGACGUCGGCCACAUCAAGAUUGCAAGCCACCUGCUGCAAUGGACGAAUUUGAUGCUCGGGUGGGAGCUCAACCCGCGCGGGCAGAUGACCAGCCAGACGCUUUACUGGAAUAAUAUGGAGAAUUACUGAGCGACUUUUUUUGCCUUCUUGUCUUUGCUUCUGUUCCUGUGGAUAUUUGUUUGCCCUUGAUUUGGUUGUAUUGCAUAUAUAUUGCAUCGCAUAGCGCUCGUACAUUCGUACUUGCUCUGUGUUAAGUCGUGUAUUUAGACUUGGAGCUGGUUGGAUAAUGUACAUUACGAGAUCUCACGAUGACGUGAUUGUCAACUGAGCGUAGAAUUAAUCCCUUGAGUUUCUCUUUCAAUUCUAUAUAUUCGGAGCGAG